AUGGUGGUUUGUGGUGUAAGUAGGUAGCCACUAGCCAGCAUAUAAGCUGACUGAAAAGGCCGACAGUCUCUACAAGACAACUGCUACACACGGCAGCUCUCUGUGACGGAGUUACUGUCCCAAACAGGCAGACAUCCUGGAGAGGAAUCCCCAAUAACACAUAGGCAGGUGUGUGCAGCUCCUCCUGUCCCUGUCCUGUGACAGCAGUGAAGUCCAGCAGUGUGGAAUCGUAGGAUGUCCCGGAGCCCCGAGGUGAAGGACGACUCGAUGGAGUGCCCGCUGUGUAUGGAACCACUGGAGAUCGAUGACGUCAACUUUUUCCCCUGCACCUGUGGAUACCAGAUCUGCCGCUUCUGCUGGCAUCGAAUCAGGACAGAUGAGAACGGUCUCUGUCCCGCCUGCAGAAAGCCCUAUCCAGAAGACCCUGCCGUGUACAAGCCGCUGUCACAGGAGGAACUGCAGAAGAUCAAGAACGAGAAGAAGCAGAAACAGAACGAGAAGAAGCAGAAGAUCACAGAGAACCGCAAACAUCUGGCCAGCGUCCGAGUGGUGCAGAGGAACCUGGUGUUUGUAGUGGGGCUGUCCCAAAGGCUGGCUGACCCUGAGGUUUUAAAGAGGCCAGAAUAUUUUGGGAAGUUUGGGAAGAUUCACAAAGUAGUGAUCAACAACAGCACAUCAUAUGCUGGUUCACAGGGGCCUAGUGCCAGUGCCUAUGUCACAUAUAUUCGCUCUGAAGAUGCUCUCAGAGCGAUCCAGUGUGUCAACAAUGUAGUGGUAGAUGGCAGAACACUGAAGGCUUCUUUAGGAACAACAAAAUACUGCAGUUACUUUUUAAAGAGCAUGCAAUGCCCCAAACCAGACUGCAUGUAUCUACACGAGCUCGGGGAUGAAGCUGCUAGUUUUACAAAAGAGGAGAUGCAGGCAGGAAAGCAUCAAGAGUAUGAACAGAAACUGCUACAAGAUCUUUACAAAAUGAACCCGGCAUACCUAGCUGUGUCAGGAGACAAACCAAAGGGCAAAGCCAAUUCUUUACAGAGAUCCAACAGCUCCAGUAAAGAUGGCUGGCUGUCGUCAAGUCAGAUGACCAAUGGUCUGUCAUCAGACCACAGGAAGAGUCCACCCCUAGACGGGUCUGACUCUGAACACUUGACCCCUGAGGGGCCCGAACCUGACCUUAGCCUUGGCCCUGUACGGACCCUCUCCCCAUUCUCUUCAAACUGUGACCUUGCUAGCCCCAGCGACAAACUGCCAGACAUCAUCAGUAUAGGUGACGGUGAAACCUCUCAACUGCUCCCAGGCAGUGACUCUCCAUCACCCCCUCCUGGCCUCAGUAAGCCAAACCUGGUGGUUCCCAUCAGUGUCACUUGUCACACAGCUCGCUCUCUUUUUGAGGGAGUUGCCACAGAGUCCCAGUCACUGUUCUCAGACAACAGUAACUUCAGGCAUCCUAACCCCCUCCCCAGUGGACUGAGCGGCUUCCCCACAUCCUCACACAGCAACGCCGACUGGCCCACAGCACCAGAACCACAGAGCCUCUUCACCUCAGAUACCAUCCCAGUGUCGUCGUCCACAGACUGGCAGGCAGCAUUUGGCUUCGGCUCGUCCAAACAGCAGCAGGACGAUGACCUGGGCUUCGACCCCUUCGACAUCACCCGUAAAGCUCUGGCUGAUCUCAUCGAGAAGGAGCUCUCUGUGGAUGACAGCUUCACCUCGCCUCUGUCCCCUGGCUCCUUCCCCCACAGGGCCCGUGGACCCCUGUUAAACUCCUUACCUAAUAAAGGCUUUGGCCCCCCAGGAGGGCUCCCACUCCCCAACCACCCCCCACCCAACAGCGGCCUCUCUCAUCACUACUCCCAUCUUCAGCACCCUCAACGUGGAGGCUACAGCUCCUUCAACUUUCCCUCUCAACCUCCAUCAUCUUGUUCAUCCUCCUGCUCUUCCACCUCCACUUCCUACCCCUCAGCAUCUCGUCAGCCCUGGAUGGGUUCCGGCUCCGCAUCCUCACACAGUAACUUUGUGAAUUUGAACCACACAGUUAGUCCAGCAGUCUCCUCACACAGCAGCUUCUUGGACUUGACGGUACUGCCAGGACCUCACAAUACUGGGCUAGGAGGAAUCCCCAUCACAGAAAACAGCAGUAGUGUAGAGAAUCUAAAUGUGAAAGAGUGGCAGGAUGGCCUCAGAGCACUCUUACCCAACAUCAACAUCAACUUUGGAGGACUGCCCAACUCCUCAUCUUCCUCAUCGUCAUCCUCUUCCUCAUCCAGCAUCAACCACACAGGGGCACCGGGGGGUUCUGGGAGUGUUUCUCACAGCCUGUGUUGGGAAGGCAGAGCCAGCUGGAUGGACCCUGCCAUCAUCACAGGAAUCCCAGCCUCCAGUGGGAACAGUCUGGACUUUCUUCAGGAUGACAACCCUCCACAUUGGCUCAAGUCCUUACAGUCGCUCACAGAGAUGGACACCCCCGCCUCACACAGUGGCCCCUACGGUAGCCAGCAGCCCCCCCACAGACCCAGCUGGGCCCACUACCCGGCCCCCACCAGCCAGUUCCACUCCCCACCACCAGGCUUCCAGACGGCCUUCAGACCCCCAACACAGACCCAGACAGAUCUGUUACAAAGCGCCGCCAUCAACCGCCACUAGGGACUGUCAACACACACACACACACACAUACACACACAUACACACACAUACACACACAUACACACACAUCUGCACCCACAUACAAACACAGACACACACACACACACACACACACACUGCAAACCACACCAAAGCAGAAAUACAAAACUAUUAACAACUAAUAAGAUAAUAUACUGUUUAAAUUUCAUCCUCCCAGAUAUUCUGAGCGCUUGUGUUUCUUGUCCUGGUUUUUGAUUGUUUGUUGGAGUUGGUCUAAGCAAGCUACCCCAGCCACACACCUCCUAACAGAUUGUGACAGCGUCAUGAUCACCCGGCAGAGACUCUGAUUACACAAGAAUCAUGAGCAGUUUCCAAGUUUGAGGACGUUUGAGUUUGAAGAUAUUAGAGAAUCGUAUCAUCAGGGCAAAUCCAGUCAUCAUGUUGUGAGACUGAGAGAUGCAGAACAAUCAUGUCGCCUUAUGUUUCAGAACAUGAUUGAACUAUUGAGUCAUCUCUUUAGUCAGUCUUAAUAAGAGAAGCUGUGUGCUCUGAAGCUCUUGAGCAGAGUCAUGUAGAGAGAAUCAGACCCUCUGUUGUCUGAUAGUGUGGCUCUAAAAACAUUUGCAUUCUCAAUCCCUGAAGUUAGAAUUGAGUCUUCAAGAUGGCAAAACAGUCAGAGACUCAUCAGCUGAGUUGUGAAUAAUGAUGACACCCAGAAGCACAAAUC